AUGCAAACUAAAAGGGACAAGCCGAAACAGGGGAGGAGAAAAAGGAAAAAAAAUCCAAAAUCCCGAAAAAUCCGUGUUUACAACUAUGUACACAAAAAGUCAAGGUUCAAGGAGGUCAUUUGCCAGAAACAGGGUCUGUAUAGACAGAGGGUGGGUGGGGUAGGCGUGUGUGUGUGUGUGUGUGUGUGUGUGUGUGUGUAUACACAGCUUAUACAAAUCAAUUCUCCACAGAAUGGGUGUGUAGAACACCAUCACCAAAGUGCCACUUGCCACCGGGUCAAGUUCCCCAUGGAGACAUCGGAGGGAAGGGCUCUGGGAAAGCUCCAAGGCCUCCCCAAAAGUGGAGGUGUGCCCCCUGGGUUUAGGGGUAACCUCUUCUGA